GUUUGUUCGUACCCCUCUUGCUACACGCACCACUCUCUCCCUCACUGAUGGUGAGCUCCUUGCAGAUCCCACUGAGUACCAUAGUAUGAUAUCUGUAGGGUACUCUUGAUCAUGGUUUAUGGGUCCAAGCCAGGGCUCUGAGCGUUCCACUUACAUUAUGGCUUAUUCUGAUGUUGAUUGGGCGGACUAUCCGGAUAGAUCUCGUUCCACUACUGGUUUUGCUGUUUUCUUGGGCCCAAAUCUUGUGUCAUGGAAGUAAAAAAGAAGCAGCCAGCAGUGUCCAAAUCCUCUACCGAGGUUGAGUAUCUUGUUAUAGCUUAUACGUUUCAGGACACCUUAAAUGUCAGAUCUAUCAUGUUCGAGUUUGUUUUUCCCAUUACUACACUUGUGCAUCUCUUUUGUGAUAAUAUUUCAACAUCCUAUCUCACUGCUAAUCCAGUUCAGCAUGCUCGGAGUAAGCACAUUCAGAUUGAUUACCAUUUUGUACGUGAGAGAGUGGCGCAUGGGCCGCAUGGCGAUCUUGUUGUGAAAUAUGUUCAUACUCAUCUUCAACUUGCUGAUAUUUUUACCAAAAGUUUUUUUGUCAACAAUUUAAUUUUCUUAAAAAUAACCUGCGUGUUGUAUCUCCCGCACAAUUUGAUGAAGUGUAACAGUGGGCUUGGCCCAAUUGUAUUACUCAUAUUUAUUUAUUAUAAAUACAUCUACGUGGUUCCUUAGAGAGUAACAUAUUCCCAUUAUUCCACACAAUGACACAACCAUUGCCGUCAAAAAAUCAAAUUCCCCACCGGUUUAUACGUAUUCACUCACCCGGUCAAUUCAGUUUUUUCCAUGUACUUUCAAUGAUAUGUAUUCAUCCUCCAG